CUAUUGCAAAAUUUUCAGUUUUGGUGCAGAACCAGUCGCCAUCGGUGUGGUUUUUAUAGCUUGUUUUGUUUUAAGCAACACUUCAAUGCCAAGAUGACUGAUGAAAAGAAAGAUUUGAAGCAAUACACAAUUGCAGAAGUUGCUGCGCAUAAUGAUGCUUCGUCCACGUGGCUAAUCAUUGAUAAUAACGUCUACGAUGUAACAAAGUUUUUGGAAGAGCAUCCAGGUGGCGAUGAAGUAUUGCUGGAGCAAGCUGGACAGAAUGCAACGGAAAGUUUCAAAGACGUGGGUCAUUCGCGCGAUGCUGUGGCGAUGACUAAAGAAUAUCUGAUUGGUUAUUUAUGCGAUGCGAAUGCAACAGCGGGCGAUAAAACAAACUCGUUCACCACACCAGUUAACGCCAAAAAUGCUGUAUCGUGGAUAGAUAUAAUAUUCAGUUCAACGUGGAGUAAUUUUCUAAUUCCUAUAGCCAUAUCUGGCGUCGUAUAUCUUCUCUAUCGAGGUAUAAAAACUGCUUUUUGAUUCUGUAAUUGUCUUUGAUGACUGUCUAGAAAAAAACAAGUGUCGUAUUUUGCUUACUUGAUCAGAUUUACAUUGGAAAUUCGGCAAAGUUUCAUAGUUUUCAAGCAUUUCAUUGGAAACUAUAUUUACAUUUUGUACCACGCUGUUGUUGCGUUUUAUUGUUAGCAUUGUUACUCGUUCUCUUUGGAUCAUAAAACAACCUUUCAACCGUCAAUUAGUAAAGGUUGUACCAUGGUAUACGCGGGAUGGCUUGCUUCAUCAAAUUAUUCAUAACUUUUAGUGGUAGAUUACAAGUUUCAAAUAUACUUGGCAUAUCUUUGCAAUCUUACUUCCGG